GUUGAGCUGACAUUUGAGUCUUAGCCACAUUUUUUGUUUCCAAAUCAAAACAAAUGAUUUCCUCUUAAUUUUUUAAUUGUAUUAAUCAAUUUGCUCUUUUAAUUAAUGUUACAAUGAACAGUUCAACCAAUGAUUCUGAAGGUUUAUCUAGUCAAUCAAGUGAUCCUUUUACCGAAUUGACUAAAAUGUACAGUCCCGACAAAUGGAAUUAUAAUAAGGCAAUUGUUCCAUUUAUGUUGGGAAGAGGAGCUGUUAAGGAGGAAGUUAUUGUUGAGAAGGCGAUGGAAAGUUGUGCCUUUCGAACUGUCAUGAGCGGGGUUGCCGGUUAUGGAUUCGGUGCUGUUAUGGGUCUUUUUUUGGCCUCCGUUGGUCCACAGGCAACGAUGGCUGAACCAGAGAAACAAACUGUUAAAAUGGUUCUACAAGAUAUGAAAGGUAGAAUGUUAUCUAAUGCCAAAAGUUUCGCUAUUCUUGGAGCCAUGUUCGCAUGUACGGAAUGUACACUCGAAUCGUAUCGUGGUAAAAGCCAUUGGACAAAUGGUACAAUCGCUGGGGGAAUAGUUGGAGGUGUUAUCGGUCUUCGAGCUGGACCAAGAGCUGGACUUUGGGGUGCUACCGGAUUCGCUGCAUUCUCAACAUUAAUUGACUAUUAUUUCCGGAUGUAAUUAAUCAUGUUGUUAAAUUAGUUAGUUACAAAACAAAAUUCUUGUAAAUUUCAAUAGAUUUUCAUUUUUUUAUAUAAACUAAUCGUUAAUCCAAUUAUAAAAUUACAAUUAGAACUCAUAUAUAUAUUGAUAA